AACCAAGCCAACUGGCCACGGAAACAUUUGUUUAAUGUUUAAAACGGAAGAGGAGGGUUAACACAAUAGACAGGAGUUCUCAGAACAUAAUCAGAAUUGAAAGUUUUUAAGAAUGACUUCCACGGCCAAGGCAGAGGUUCCAAAUGACAGUGAAAACGAUGAAAAGACCAGCACCCAAUCUGCGCCCUGCGAACAGCAGCAGGGGUCGGAGGCUAAGCCGGUUUACCUGGGAGCUGCACAACCCACUCUGCCAGAGAGGGUGGCGUUCACAGCUGCAUUAUCUAAUGCAGGAGAUAUGGGACCCUACGAGACAGCGAUCACCCUGGUCUACACUAAAGUCAUUACCAACAUCGGCAAUCACUACAGCGCCACUACAGGGAUCUUCAAAGCACCAGUGAGAGGAGCCUACUACUUCACAUUCACGGUGUUCAUUUCGACUGAACGGGGAUCCGUUGCUGGCAUUGAUCUCUGCAAGAACGGAGUAUCUAUAGUGUCUUCAGUCCUGUGGAUGAAUAUUCCUAACCAUGAAUACUCCACCAAUACCGCUAUACUGCAGCUGGAGGAGGGAGAUGAGGUCUCCAUGCGCCUUCCAGAAGGCCGCAGAGUCUAUGACGAUGUCUGUAAUCGUAGCACCUUCAGUGGGUUCCUGCUGUUCUGCCUGUAAGAGCACACUUACAGGACUGUGUGCGGUUCUGUGGACUGGGCUGAAUAGCCUGUUCUCACCAUUGUAUUAUAUUAUGUUAGACCUUACUGUGCAGAAGAUCGGGUGGAGAGUCUGGAAGUGGAGCCUCUGGUUCUCCUCUGAGUACCAGUGUGCUUUACCAGAACUGCUCCAGUAUACGUACAGUACUGUGCAAAAGUUUUAGGCAGGUGUGAAAAAAUGCUGUAAAAUAAGAAUGCUUUCAAAAAUAUGAAUGUUAAUAGUUUAUUUUUUUAUCAAUUAACAAAAUGCAUGAACAGAAGAAUUGAAUGAACAGAAGAAAAAUCAAAAUGAGUGAAUCAAAUCAAUAUUUGGUGUGACCACCCUUUGCCUUCAAAACGGCAUCAAUUCUUCUAGGUAUACUUGCACACAGUCUUUGAAGGAACUCGGCAGGUAGGUUGUUCCAAACAUCUUGGAGAACUAGCCACAGUUCUUCUGUGUAUUUAGGCAGCUUCAAAUGCUUCUGUCUCUUUAUGUAAUCCCAGACAGACUCGAUGAUGUUGGGGCCAUACCAUCACUUCCAGGACUCCUUGUUCUUCUCUACGCUGAAGAUAGUUGUUAAUGACAUUGGCUGUAUGUUUGGGGUCGUUGUCCUGCUGCAGAAUACAUUUGGGGCCAAACAGAUGCCUCCCUGAUGGUAUUGCAUGAUGGAUAAGUAUCUUCCUGUACUUCUCAGCAUUGAGGAGACCAUUAAUUCUGUCCAAAUCCCCAACUCCAUUUGCAGAAAUGCAGCCCCAAACUUGCAAGCAACCUCCACCAUUACAUUACAUUACAUUAUUGGCAUUUGGCAGACGCUCUUAUCCAGAGCGACGUACAGUUGAUUAGACUAAGCAGGAGACAACCCUCCCCUGGAGCAAUGCAGGGUUAAGGGCCUUGCUCAAGGGCCCAACAGCUGUGCGGAUUUUAUUGUGGCUACACCGGGAUUCGAACCACCGACGUUGUGGGUCCCAGUCAUUUACCUUAACCACUACGCUACAGGCUGCCCCACUCAUUCUUGUACCGCUCUCCAGCCCUUUGAACAAAGUGCCUUCCUCUGCAGCCAGUCACAUUUUGACUCAUCAAUACAGAGAACCUACUUCCAUUUUUCUGCACCCCAUUUCCUGUGUUUUUGUGCAUAGUUGAGGCGCUUGGCCUUGUUUACACGUCGGAGGUAUGGCUUUUUGGCCGUAAUUCUUCCAUGAAGACCACUUCUGACCAGACUUCUCCGCACAGUAGAUGGGUGUACCUGGGUCCCACUGGUUUCUGCCAAUUCUGAGCUGAUGGCACUGCUGGACAUCUCCCGAUUGCGAAGGGAAGUAAGCAUGAUGUGUCUUUCACAUGUCCUUGGCCGACCACUGCGUCUACGGUCCUCAACGUCGCCCAUUUCUUUGUGCUUCUUCAACAGAGCUUGAAGAGCUUCAACAGUCUGCCUUGAAAUGUCUGCCUGGGAGAGACCUUGCAGUAUAACUACCUUGUGUCUUGUUGCUGUGCUCAGUCUUGCCAUGGUGUAUGACUUCUGGCAUUAAACUGUCUUCAGCAACCUCACCUAGUUUUAACCCUCCUACACAGCUGUUUCUGUUUCAGUUAAUGAUUGUGUUUUAACCUAUAUAUUAAAUUGAUGAUCAUUAGCCCCUGUUUGGUAUGAUUGGUUAAUCACACACCUGACUAUAUGCCUACAAAAUCCCUGACUUUGUGCCAGCAUACCUAGAAGAAGAUGAUUGAUAAAAAUAAACCAUUAACAUUUCUAUUUUUUAAAGCAUUCUCACUUUACAGCAUUUUUCCACACCUACCUAAAUGUUUUGCACAGUACUGUACGUCUAGCUUUAUAAUGGGAUAGUGUAUAACAAAUGCAAAAGCUGUGCAAUUCUCUGGGUAAGAACAUGUGAAUUAAUGCCUGUAGUGUAAUUUAUCAGGUUUUGCCUCAAAAAUAAACACAUUCAAAAAUG